AUGUCAGAAGCCGAAGUAGAUCUCGAUAGCGUGAUUGAUAGGCUACUAGAAGUACGUGGAAAUAGGCCAGGCAAGCCAGUCCAACUGCAAGAAUAUGAAAUAAAGUACUUGUGUACAAAAGCCAGAGAAAUUUUUAUAUCUCAGCCAAUUUUGUUGGAGUUAGAGGCUCCUAUAAAGAUAUGCGGUGAUAUUCACGGCCAGUAUUACGAUUUGUUACGCUUAUUCGAGUAUGGAGGGUUCCCACCAGAGGCAAACUACCUUUUCCUUGGUGAUUACGUUGAUAGAGGAAAGCAGUCGUUGGAGACCAUCUGCUUGCUGCUGGCUUACAAGAUAAAAUACCCAGAGAACUUUUUCAUUCUCAGAGGUAACCAUGAAUGCGCUUCAAUCAAUCGUAUUUAUGGUUUCUAUGAUGAGUGCAAGCGCAGAUACAACAUUAAGCUUUGGAAAACAUUCACAGAUUGCUUCAAUUGUCUUCCAAUUGCCGCCAUCAUCGAUGAAAAGAUAUUCACUAUGCACGGUGGUUUGAGUCCUGACUUACAGUCGAUGGAUCAAAUUAGGCGCGUGAUGCGUCCGACGGAUGUUCCAGAUACAGGUUUACUAUGUGAUUUACUAUGGUCAGAUCCAGACAAAGAUAUUUCAGGCUGGUCAGAGAAUGAUCGAGGAGUCUCCUUUACUUUUGGUCCAGAUGUCGUUACUCGGUUCUUACAAAAGCACGACAUGGAUUUAAUAUGCAGAGCUCAUCAGGUGGUCGAGGAUGGUUACGAAUUUUUUGCAAAGAGACAGCUAGUUACCCUUUUCAGUGCGCCAAACUAUUGCGGUGAAUUUGAUAACGCAGGUGCUAUGAUGUCGGUUGACGAGACGCUGUUGUGCUCAUUCCAGAUACUCAAACCUGCAGAGAAAAAGCAGAAGUUCCCGGCGUCUUAUGGAAUAGGCAGACCAGUCACACCACCAAGAAAAGGCAAGAAUAAGAAAGAUUCUAAAUCUUAA